AUGAAGCCCUUUCCCUGGCCAGGCUGGCUAUCUCUCCAGAGCUCUGGAGUCCUUGGAUUCCUCCAGUGGGACUCGGACCUGAUUUGGGCUCUGGAUUCAUUUGAGUGUGGCAGUGGAAAAAACGUGCAGCUGAGUGGAUAUUGCUAUAGCUCGAAACUUUUUGAAGUCCAUGUCUCACCUGAACCGUCCAUUCAUCUUCAGGCCAUCAUGAGCUCUAGGAAGCACAGGAGAUCGCAGAAGUGCUCAUUCAGUGAAAACCAUAACAUGAAAAUUGACCACUAUUUUUCUAAGGUUUCUAAAGAACAACAGAAUAAUUCCAAUACUUCUCAAAUGAAAAUGAAAUGCAGAGAAGGCCUGAGAGAUGUAACUAACACCCAGGCUCAAAGAGUCCUUUCCCCUAGGAAAAAUCCAGAAGACCAGACUGUGCCACCAAAUAAGGUAAUCCAUGUUACCUUGGAUGUAAACCACAGGAAAAACAAAAAAAUGAAACAUGUGCUCACACAUAAUGAGAAGGGUAGUUUAUAUAUGGCUCUCAACACUCUUCAGGCUGUCAGUGAAACAAUAGAAAUUCACCAAGGCCAUGAAAUGCUGGUUUGUGGCACAGAAGGAGUAGAAGGGUACUUAAACCUUGGAAUGCCCCUCAGUUGUUUUCCUAAAAUCAGCCAUGUUACUAUUACAUUUUCCAAUAGUAAAAGUAAGGAGAAGGAAGGUAACCAAGUAUUUGGCCGGCAUGAUGAAGUAUCAACUGACUGUGUUAAAUUUUACAUUCAUGCAGUUGGGAAGAGGAUAAAAAAGAUUGUUAAAUGUGGGCAACUUCACAAAGAAGGGUACAAGCUCUGUGUCUAUGCUUUCAGAGGAGAAACCAUCAAGGAUGCUCUGUGCAAGGAUGGCAGAUUUCUCUCUUUUCUGGAGAGUAAUGAUUGGAAACUCAUUGGAAACCUGGACUCCAUUUUAGAAAACACCCAGGCAGUUGACGAAUUAGAGGGCAAGCUCUUUCAGGUUGAGGCUGAGAAAAGAAUGAGUCCCAGGACGGCAACAGCUCAAAAUUCUGAGUCAGAGAAACGAAAUAUCUGUGUGUUAAGAGAACAAAUUGUGGAUCAGUACCCCAGUUUGAAAAGAGAAAGUGAAAAAAUCAGGGAAAACGUCCAGAAAAUAAUGAAAGUAAGAAAGGGGAACAUUUCAUUAUUUAACGUGCAUAAAACCCAUUUUGGGAAAGUAACAAAAAACUCUAUUUCGGUUAAACUAGCAAAACUUCUUUCAAAGCUCAGCGACUCAGUUGGGUACUUAUUCUGGGACAAUAAUGGAAAUAGGGGUUCUGCCACCUGCUUUGUUUUGAGGGGAUUGUUCAUUUUAACUUGUCAGCAUGUAGUAAGUUUAAUUGUAGGAGAAGGAAUAGAGAUGAGUAAAUGGGCAGACAUAAUGGGUCAGUGUGUAAGGGUGACAUUUACUUAUGAAGAUCAUACUGAAGAAGAAAAUAACUGCUUUUUUAUUGAACCCUGGUUUGAAAUAGCUGAUGCAGAUCUUGACUAUGCUGUUAUGAAACUGAAGGAAAAUGGACAACAAGUGCCCGGGGGACUCUAUAAUGGAAUCACGCCUGCAACGCUUAGUGGGUUGAUAUAUAUUAUUGGCCAUCCAAAUGGAGAAAAGAAGUCUAUUGAUGCUUGUGCUGUGGUCCCUCAGGGUCUGCGAGAAAAGAAAUGUCUGGAAUAUGUUCAGGCUGGUAAAGCAGAAAGCACACAGUAUAUCCAUAUGUAUACUCCGAGAAGUUUCGAUAAUAUAGUUCACAACCCGUAUGUGAUCACUUAUGACACCAGUUUUCACUUUGGGGCUUCAGGCUCCCCAGUGUUUGAUUCAGUUGGUUCGCUGGUGGCCAUCCAUACGGCUGGCUUCCCUUGUAUGUACCAAAACAACAUUUCCAGUAUUAUUGAGUUUGGCUCCAUUAUGCAAUCUGUUCUCCUUAACAUUCGGCACAAACAUGGAUUGUGGUAUGAAAUAGCAUUUAUAAAUCAGCAGGAUGUAGAAAUGAUGAGUGAUGUGGAUUGA